AACGUUCCUGCUGCAUCACUGGUUUCUUCUAGGACGUCACUCAGGACAGGAGAAGGGAGAGGAGCGCAGGGCAGGAAGUGGGGAAGGAGCCCAGCGCUUCCGUGCCCUGCCCAGAGAGCCUUCCUCACCUGCUCUCGUCACUUUCACACCGCAAGUGAGAUCACGGCAGCUUGUGUGUGCAGAUCAUCAGGAAGGCAAAGCCCUUCUGAAAGGCCCUUCUGGAUACCCGCGGUCUAGGGACUAACCCACAGUAAGUGUGGCUGCCGUUUUAUCGAAUGGCCUCAAAGAGCCAGACGUUGUUCCAAGACUUGAUGCGAACUACCUUAUUCCUACCACAUAUUAAAAGGGAUUGUGCCGAGUUCUGUCGAUUUGGCAUCUGAGUCACUUCGAAUUGAAGCCAGGUGCUCACGGGCCCAGGUAGAACGGUGGUGCGUGGGCCUGCAAAUAGGGACGGUCUGAGGGCGGCCGGAGCUUGCAGAGCCCAAAGGCAGGAUAGGAGAUGAGACGCCGGCCUGGCGCUGAACCGUCCACUUGAGGGUGGGCAUUUUCCCCCCACCGGAGCGGCCCCCUUGCUGCCAUCCCGCCCCGCACACCCGGGACCUGCGUCGUGCCUUCACCAGGCUGCGGGAAGCGGCGCCUUAACUUCGGGGCAGGAAGGGGAUACCUCAAGGCCAGGCGGAGCCCAGUGUCCAGAGGUGAGGACUGAGGCUGCAGGGCGGGGCGGGCCACAGGCUACAAGCCUCCACUUCCUCCUCCUCCCUUCCUGCCCUGACCUGUGGCCUCACGUCGGACUGGGAGAGGGGAAUUCUUGCGUUUAAAGUCCAGCAGGUGGAAGGUCCCAGGGCUGGGACACCUGGGUCCCUCGGCAGCAUCCGCAGAUAUGACCGGGGCCGGCGGGGGCCUCCAGGCCUGGGGGAGCCUGGUGCUACUGGGCCUGUGCAGCUGGACAGGCGCCAGGGCGGCUGCCUCCAGCCCCGUCAGGAACCUCACUGUGGAGGCUCAGACCAAUAGCUCCAUCACCCUGAGGUGGGAGGCGCCUGGAGAUUCUGACCCUCAGGUCUACUGGAUCUGGUGGACUUGUGGCCAUAAUGCAACUGGGUCUCAAAACACAACAAAUACCAGUGUCACAGUGGAAGGACUUGAAGCCGGGACCUUGUACGAAUUUUGUGUGUGCGCAGUACAGGAUGGACUCAAUUGCUCCUGGGUGCCUCUCAAUGCCAGCACAGCCCCCAAUACAGUCAGGAAUCUGACUGUGGAGACUCAGACCAACAGCUCCAUCACUCUGCGCUGGGAGGCGCCUAACGGCCCUGAGCCUGAGAACUACUGGGUCCAGUGGACUGGUGAUGGUAAUGCAACUGGGUCCCAAAACACAACAAAUACCACUGUCACAGUGGAAGGACUUGAAGCUGGGACCUUGUAUGAAUUCUCUGUGUUCGCAGUAAAGGAUGGAGUCAGCAGCUCCUGGGUGCUUCUCAACGGCACCACAGCUCCCACCGAGGUUAUGGACCUGCAGAAGCAAAAUCAGACCAACAGCUCCAUCACCCUCCGGUGGGAGGCCCCUGCAGACCCACGGCCCCAGUUCUAUGUAUACUGGGUCCAGUGGGUCAGCAGAGGCCAUCCGCAGAGGAAGCAAGAUCCCCAAGGACAGCAGGACAUCCAGACGAGCAGGACCAACGGGACUUCCUAUACGGUGGAGGCACUGGUGCCCGGGACUCGGUACCGCUUCAGUGUGUGGGCCGAGAGCAACGGUGUACACGGUUACAAACAGAGCCUCAAUGCAUCCACGGCCCCGGAUCCUGCCAACAUCGUCUCCUGUGUCAUCACCUCGGGGGGCCACGAGGUCAUCCUGAACUGGUCCUGCCCCCAGGGAGGCUACGAGGCCUUUGAACUGGAGGUUGAGGGGCAGCCGGGCCCCCAGAACAGGUCCUCCUGUGGGAGUGCCAUGAAGGUGUCGUUACGCAGGCCAGCUCAGCCCCACUCAGCCACCGUCACGACCGUCUGGGAUGAAAUGAGGGCCCCGUCUGCCUCGGUGGCCUGCCGCGCGGAGAGCGGGCAUGCAGGGGUCAUUGCCGGUUCCGUGGUCGGCGUCCUCCUGUUGCUCGUUCUGGUGGGCCUGCUGGUCUUCUUCCUGAAGAGGCAUAGGAAGAGGGAGAAGAAAACCGCACCCGAGGAUCUGCAGAUCAGGUUCCCAGGGGACAUCCUGGCAGAAGACUUUGCCCAGCACGUCUGGAAAAAUGAGAGGGACAGCAACUAUGGCUUUGCCGAGGAGUACCAGCAACUGGCCCUGGAGGACCUCGGCCAGUCCCAGAUGGUGGCCUCAGCCCCGGAGAACAGCGCCAAGAACCGCUACAGGAACGUGCUGCCCUACGACUGGUCCCGUGUGCCCCUGCGGGCCCUCCUCGGACAGCCCGGCUCCGAGUACAUCAACGCCAGCUUCAUCCCCGGUCUCUGGAGCUCCCGGGAGUUCAUCGCGGCCCAGGGCCCCCUGCCGCAGACUGUGGGCGACUUCUGGCGCCUGGUGUGGGAGCAGCAGAGCCACACCCUGGUCAUGCUGACCAACUGCGUGGAGUCCGGCCGGGUGAAGUGUGAGCAUUACUGGCCUCUGGACGCCCAGCCCUGCACCCAUGGGCCCCUGCAGGUGACCCUGAUGGGGGAGGAGGUGACAGAGAACUGGACUGUCCGAAACCUGACGCUCCGCCAUGAGCAACAGAAGAAGACUUUGCCCGUGCGUCAGUUCCACUACGUGACCUGGCCAGACCACGGUGUGCCCCACUCCCCAGACCCUUUGCUGGCCUUCUGGAGGAUGCUCCGGCAGUGGCUGGACCAGACGGUGGGGGGCGGGCCUCCGAUCGUGCACUGCAGCGCCGGUGUGGGCCGCACGGGCACCCUCAUUGCCUUGGAUGUGAUGCUGCGGCAGCUGGAAUGCGAGGGUCUCGUGGGGCCCUUUGGCUACGUGAAGAAGAUGCGGGAGAGCCGCCCGCUGAUGGUGCAGACCGAGGCCCAGUACGUGUUCCUGCACCAGUGCAUCCUUCGGUUUCUGCAACAGUCAGCCGCAGCGCAGGCUCAGAAGGGGGCCACCUAUGAGAACCUGCUGAUGGAGAAUACAGCUGCUACAGAGGCCUGAGCUGUGGGAGGGCUGAGACCCCCGCCCUUCUAGACAGACUCUGCACCUCUGCUUCAGCCCAGAUGCCUGGGCCCCAUGGGACAGCUGAGCACCGGGGUCCCAGACUCCCGGGCCCUGAAGGAAGUGAGGGGACCGGCAGCCUAGAUUCCUACUUCCUGGAGAGGGGGUGAGCCCUGAUCCUGGAUUUCCAGUUCCUUGGAGAAGGAGAGGGAUGCGGUCCAGGAGUCUCUUGGUUUUUGUUUGAGGGAGGAGGAGGAAGUAGGGUCUCAAGGAAACAAGCUGAAUUCUGAGGAAGAAAGGAAGUAAUGAGGCUCCAGAAUUCUGGCCACCUGAGGAAUAAGGGUGGGCAGGGACCUGUCCGUCUUUUGCUCCAGAAACCAAAUCAGUCUUCAAGAAUCUGAGGUUUCCCCUUACCCUGCUGCCUGUACAUAUUUUUUUCUUUUAUCCCAUAACUUAUUAAAUCACUAUUUUCCCCAGAGA